AUGGCUGCAGGCGACGUCACACGUCGCGCGUCUAUCACGGCGCCGUCGAUGCAUCGUAGACCAUCCGCUAGACGCGGUUCUCUUAUCAAAAAUCCUCAAACACAAUCGCAGGAAGUGCCGUGGGAUAUAAUAGACCGAUGUGCGCUUCCCAUAGUGUUGUGCCAUGCACUCGCCGUGGUGUUAUCCGCACUGCUGAAUGCGAUGCAUCUUAGCCAAAUAUCAGUGUUCACCCUUUUUCUCUGGUUCUCCAUAUCCGUAACCGGAUCACUUUGGUUUUACCACAACUUGCAGGUAACAGCAGCGGGAAAAGCUGUGUUGGUAACAGGAUGCGACAACGUGCUUGGGAAUGCACUGGCCCGUCGCCUUGACGAUCUGGGCUAUCACGUGUUCGCUGGUUUCCAGAAUAAAGCGGGUAACAUAGAUGCGGACAUGCUCAAAGAGGACUGCUCCGGUCGGCUACAUACAUUGCAACUUGACAUUACAUCCGAAACACAGAUUCUGUCGGCGUCUUUGUAUAUCGUCGACCAUUUACCAGAGGGCGCGCAAGGCUUGUGGGCCAUCGUCAACUGCGAAUCAUGGUGUGCACUCGGCGAACUAGAGUGGGUGCCUUUCUCGGUCAUCCGCAGAGCAAUGGAAGUAAACCUAUUAGGACCGGCCCGUUUAGUGCAAGUGAUGUUGCCAUUGGUGCGACGUUCCCGAGGGCGUGUUGUCCUGGCCUCGUCCAUCCUUACCCACGUGGCCGCCCCUGUUCGUGGGGUGCACGCCGCGUCCCUUGCUGCACUCGACGCAUUAGCCGCUUGCCUCCGACGUGAACUUAAGCCCCGAGGUGUCGACGUGGUCGUAGUUGCUGCCGGUGAAUACACGACGGGAAGCGCGUGGCUCUCGGAAGAAAAGCUCCUGGAACAGGCGCGGGACAUGUGGAAAAGGCUGAGUGAUGAGCAAAAGGGGGCGUACGGUGAAGACUAUUUUGAGCAGGCGCUACGUAGCCUCGAAAAAUACACCAAGAGCCCGGACGCAGACCUAACAGCAGUGACCCGCGCUUUGAGUGAUGGCGUGACUCGCACAUUCCCCCUGGCGCGUUACACCCCCGUAUCGCCACGCGAGAAGAUAAAGUCUUUGUUGGCAGAACAUCUUCCUCGUUCCCUCUACGAAGGACUCUAUUCAGAU